UAUAUUAUUUUUUAUUUUACAGGAUUUAGUUGUAACUUCCGAUGUGAUACUAGUUGAUACAGAAUCAAACGAUUUUAUAACAAACCCCAGAAAAAUUUUAAUGUACUUAGUUGAUAGAUCGAGAAUAAAUCACCCAGCUUAUCCGAACGACGAAUCAGUAAAAGCAAAAAUACAAGAAAUUCUCGAUUUGGAUGAACAAUUUUUAAAACCACCGUUAAAUUGCAUAUUGCAUGCAGUUUUAGUUUCGAAUCUUAUAGAACUCUCAAACAAAGUCAUCGUUUCACUACAAGAAUCGUAUAAUUGCUUGGAACGAAGAUUACAAGAUAGUCAAUAUCUUACAGGGGACUCUUUAACGAUUGCGGAUCUUUCUUGUUUAGCAACUGUUAGUACUGCGACUGUUUUUACCCCAAUUUGUUCGGCUAGACAUCCGAAAUUGUUUCAAUGGUUCUCGACUUGUAAGAAAUUACCGUAUUAUAAAGAAGCGAAUAGUAACGGACUUGCAAAAUUGGAUUUGUUAGUCGAAGAUGUUUUAGGUAGAAGAAUUUGAAUACAUGAGCCCAUAUUUAUUGUGAUCUAACCCCUUAUACACAUAUUUAAUAUUUAUUAGAUUAAAAAGAAAACGUUUAUUGUAACAUGUUUUUAUUUGUCAAUAUUGUGUGAUAACGAAUUGCUAUUUGAUCGAAUUACUAUUUACUUAAACAAGUGAUUUCCAAAAGAAUUUAUACUGUUAAAUAGUAAUAAUAAAGCUUUGUUUCUUUUAAA